AUGGAACGACAUAGUACGGACUCGAUUGAAGAUGACCAGUCAAAUAAACAAGAUACAGCCGAUCUUGAUGAAGAUCAACUCUUAUGUGGAUAUCGAAAUUGUACCCCAAAAUGGCUUCAAUGUUUUCAUACAUCUCGUUGGUUACUUGUCUUUCUGGGUCUUUGUGCUUUCAUUCAGAGUUUUGUAGUCAAUGCGAUUUUUCCGGUUGGACUUUCGACUCUUGAGAGACGUUUUCAUAUGACAAGUACACAUACUGGAGUGAUCUCAUCAUGGUAUGAUUUUGCUGUCCUUCUCAUUGUCUUUCCUGUAUGUCAUUGGGGAAAUGAAGGACAUAAGGGUCGAUGGAUUGGUAUUGGUGGAUUAAUCAUGGCGGCUGGAUCAGCAAUUUGUGCGCUUCCACAUUGGAUCGUUGACCCUUAUCAACCCACAGAUUUAAACGUUGAUCCAAAUGAAGAUUUUGGGCAAUGUUACGCUAAUCGAACUUUUGUCCAUGACGAAUGUAAAGAUCGAAGCUUCAAAUCUUAUCUAAAUCCGUACUUUUGGCUGUUUAUUCUUGGUCAAACUCUGCAUGGACUUGGUUCAACUCCUUUAUUUUCGAUUGGUACUGCUUACAUUGAUGAGAAUGUCUCACAAAAAGCCUCACCAAUGUUUCUCGCGAUCAAUGCUGUGAUCACUUCAAUGGGACCGGCUGUUGGUCUCUUUGCCGGGGGGUUUUUGCUCCGAAUCUACGAUGACUUCGAUCGGGUGACAAAAGUACCACUAAAAGACAAUCUUGAUCCAAGAUGGAUUGGUGCUUGGUGGAUCGGAUUUGUCUUUUCUGCGAUUUCCGCUUUUUUCGUUGCAAUUCCAAUUUUGGCUUAUGCUCGACAAUUGCCAGAAGCGAGAAGACAUCGUGCAAAAGAUGUGAAUCAAACGCACCAAACAAAUGUAGAAAUGGCCAAGGAUCAAGAAUCGAAAUGGAAAUUGUGGAGAACUGUGAUUGGAAUUCUUAGGAACCCGACCUUCAAUGUAGUGAUUGUUCUCGGUAUUUUCGAAUCGAUAAUUAUCAACGGAUUCGCAGCUUUUAUGCCUAAAAUUCUUGAAACCCUUCUAGCUACCACACCAACUAUUGGUGCAUACCUUUCAUCCACGAUCAUUUUGGCGUGUGCUUGCGGUGUUCUGUUGGGUGGGGCCAUUGUGAGAAAGUUAAACCUUCAGGUGAGCGGAAUGUUGAAGAUGGUGAUCGUCUGUCAAAUGAUUGCCCUCAUUUUUGUCUUCGGUUUUAUUUUUUCGUGUCCACAAAGAAAUUUCGCUGGGAUUAGCGUUAAUUAUUCAGGAAAAGAGAUUCAUUACGAUAAUACUCUCGAUCGGAUCAAUGAGACUUGUAAUUUGAAUUGUAAAUGCCAACGAAAGGACUGGAAUCCCGUUUGUCAAAAGUCGACUGGUCUCAUUUUUUAUAGUCCGUGCUUUGCGGGUUGUUCUAAUAAAGAAGAAAGAACUCAAGAUACUUUAUGGAAAAAUUGUGGAUGUGCAAUAAAUUCGACGAUUACCAAUCGUGUAGCUGAAGAUGAAGUGGUUUCAGGAUAUUGCUCACAGGAUUGUGGAUGGAGAGUUUACGGCUUUUUGUUGUGUCUUUUCGUGACUGUUUUAGCGAGUUUUGCUGCAGGAAUUCCUACUCAACAAAUCAUGCUUCGCGUAGUUCCGUUCGAUCAACGAACAAUAGCUAUCGGUUUGAAUUGGACAUUUCUUCGACUUCUUGGCUUUAUUCCUGGGGGAAUUCUUUUUGGUGUGUUGAUUGAUAACUCAUGCAUCAAAUGGGGUGAAAGUGUAUGUAAAAGCAAAACGAGUUGUCUUGUUUAUGAUCCAUUCAAGUUGGCAUGGACAAUUAUGGCUUUAUCAAUAAUUUGUAAAUUGGUUUGUAUUCUGGGCGCCGUACUCGGGUAUAUGACAUAUCGACCAAAUGAUUUGGAUAAUGGGAUGUCAGUACAGACAACGGAUAGUCGAGGACCGUUGAGUCUUGUUGUGAAUGAUGAUCGACCACUUGAAGAGAUCGGGAUUCCCAUCAAAAUUUCCGAGAAA